AUGGAAUCAAUGGCUUCCUCUAACUCAGCUUCAAGUACGACAGCUACUCCAAGCCAACAAAGUUCAGUAGAUAAGGACCCGUUGUGGAAACAUGUGACAAAAUUAGUGAAAAUGAAAGAGAGAGGUGGAAAUACGAAAAUUAAAUGUAACUUCUAUAAUCUGGAAUUUACGGGUUCGUAUUCAAGGGUUAAAGCACACCUGUUGCAGAUCAAGGGAGAAGGAGUUUCAGUGUGUCCCAGAGUCACUGCUGAUAUUUUGUUGCAACUUCGAAGGGAGAUGACAGAUGCAGAAGAAAGAAAAAGGCAGGUUGUGAUUCCACUCCCACCAUUGAGUUAUGCUUCAUCAGAUUCUGCCUGGGGAGGAGCUGAAAUGCUGCCAAAACAAGGUUCCAAAAGAAGAGCAAUUGAUAAGAACAGUCCUAUAAAUAAAGCUUUUAAUCAGGAGGUGAGAGCACAAGUGGAUGGCGAAAUUGCAAGAGCAUUUUAUUCAGGGGGGUUACUUUUCCAUUUUUCUAGAAAUCCCCACUACAUCAAGUCGUAUACACUUGCUGCCAACAACAACAUUCCGAGCUAUGUUCCUCCUUGUUAUAAUGCACUACGAACUACGUUAUUAGAAAAGGAGAGGGAACAUAUUGAAAGAUUAUUGGAACCAAUCAAGACGACUUGGAAAGAGAAAGGGGUGACCAUAGUAUCAGAUGGUUGGACUGACAGUCAGAGAAGACCGUUGAUUAAUUUCAUGGUUGUUACUGAGAGUGGCCCUAUGUUUUUGAAGGCUGUGAACUGUGAGGGUGAAUACAAAGACAAGUUCUAUAUAUCCAGUUUAAUUAAAAAAGUUAUAAUGCAAGUAGGACCACAAAAGGUAGGAGGUGACCGAUUUGAUCCGCUUGAUGGUGCCGAAGAACUUGAAAUAUCUAGUCUUUCACUAGAUGAGCCGGAGUUUGAAGUAAUGUUUUUACAAGAUGAUUAA